UAGUCAGUUGUGUCUCUUUGUCCGCCACACACUUUGCUGGGUUAAUUAUUUUCCACCAAACUCACCAUAAACUGUAGUUUUCUUGACCUCAACCUUCAUUUAAACUUAUCUUCCCAUCGCUGCUUUCCACAUGACCAGAAACUCUGAAGCGUCUCUUUAUUCUAUUAAACAUUAACCUGCUGGUGUCUGAGCUCAUAAAGUGGAGAAACAUCUGCAGCAGCUGGCGUCCAUCUGAGAGACAGUAGCUUCUUAUCUGCCAGAAUGACUCGUUAUCAGCUGAGGAGUGAGAAUGUUACGUAACAGAGAGAAAAAAAAGCCAUAAAUGCAAAGACACACCAGAAUACACACCAUUUAAAAAUAAAAAAGAUGCACAACUGUGGAAAUGUCUGUAAAAUUAUAAUAUUUAGCUGAUUUAAAUUCAAAAUAUGUGAAUUUAUUUUAUUUUAUUUAUUUUAUUAAAAUAUUUUAGUUAUUGAAAUAUUUUCACUGCUUUGUUCAAAUACUAAACAUUUUAUGAAAAAACAAACAAACAAACAAAGGCUAAAACUGUAAAUAAAAUCCACAUCAAAAAUCUGUGUUUUAGAAAUAAUUUGUUCUUUUACACAUUUAUUUUAUAUAAAAACAUAUUUUGACUCUAAAAACAACAACAGAUAACAUUGACAUCAAUAAUCUGCAUUUAAGAAUUUAUUCUAUUAUAACUUAUGAUCACAAAGUCAGUUUUACUGUAACCAUAAAGGAAUCCUGUUAUUUUAGUUUUGAAGGUUCUCUAACAUUUUUAACAGUUUAAACGUUUUUUUCUUUGCUGUCAUAUUUUCUUUCUGCCUAUUUUUACAGUGUACACAGGAACACAUAGAUUACCAGAUUUUAUUGUAUUUAAAUGAGCAAAAAUCUCCUCAUUUACCAACAUUUGUUUAUUUAAAAGUUUAGGAAGCAGUUUUUUGUGACUAAAAUAAUAAUUAAACUGUAAAUGUCAAAAAUCAGACCUUUUACAAACAGUCAUUUAUUUUUUCAGUGUUUUACUGCAUUUAAAUCUGAUGAAGGAUCUUUGUUUUUAACACAUAUUUGUCAUUGUUUUUCAGUCUCAGUGUAAAGUUUUCCUACGUUCUUUGACAGUUUAUCAUUUGACAUAUUUAUUAAUGUGUUGUCUGGUCGUUUGAACCGGCUCAGAGUUUCCUCCUGAAUGCAGACGCUCUGGUUCAGUGAGUGAUCAGCAGAUAAGAGCAGGAACACCUGGCAUUCCUUCAGGUGGAGGUGGGCGGGCUUAGGGCAGGGGGAGAGCCUGUGGAUCCUCUGCAGCUGUGUGGAUCUGUGAGUUCUCAGUGGAACAUGGGCUCAGCCGCAGAGCAAACAGCCGACGGUCCGUCUGAAGAACGGCCAGGAAGCUGAAGCCUCAGCAGCUCAGGAACAGAAGAAAGGUGGUUUGUUUCACAGAGAAACCCUCCAGGUUCUCCUGAUCACCCGCAGAACCCUCCAGGUUCUCUUUGUUCCUGCAGUGGUCCUCAGCUGCUGCAGCUGCAGCUGUUCAGGUUCUGUUUGUCUCCAGAAAUCUGUUCUUUGUUCCUCAGAGUUUCUGUCAGGCAGCAGCUGGACUGAAGUUCUCUGGAGUUUCUUCUGUUUGGUGGAAUGUUCAGUAGACUGGGCCAGUCUGGAGAUGUUCUGUUAGAGGAGGUUCUGUUAGUGGAGGUUCUGUUAGAGGAGGUUCUGUUAGAGGAGGUUCUGUUAGUGGAGGUUCUGUUGGAGGAGGUUCUGUUAGUGGAGGUUCUGUUAGUGGAGGUUCUGUUAGAGGAGGUUCUGUUAGUGGAGGUUCUGUUAGAGGAGGUUCUGUUAGUGGAGGUUCUCUUAGAGGAGGUUCUGCUAGAGGAGGUUCUGUUAGAGGAGGUUCUGUUAGUGGAGGUUCUGUUAGUGGAGGUUCUGUUAGAGGAGGUUCUGUUAGAGGAGGUUCUGUUAGUGGAGGUUCUCUUAGAGGAGGUUCUGCUAGAGGAGGUUCUGUUAGAGGAGGUUCUGUUAGAGGAGGUUCUGCUAGAGGAGGUUCUGUUAGUGGAGGUUCUGUUAGAGGAGGUUCUGUUAGUGGAGGUUCUGUUAGAGGAGGUUCUGUUAGAGGAGGUUCUGUUAGUGGAGGUUCUCUUAGAGGAGGUUCUGCUAGAGGAGGUUCUGUUAGUGGAGGUUCUGUUAGAGGAGGUUCUCUUAGAGGAGGUUCUGUUAGUGGAGGUUCUGUUAGAGGAGGUUCUGUUAGAGGAGGUUCUGUUAGUGGAGGUUCUGUUAGAGGAGGUUCUGUUAGAGGAGGUUCUGUUAGAGGAGGUUCUGUUAGAGGAGGUUCUGUUAGAGGAGGUUCUGUUAGUGGAGGUUCUGCUAGAGGAGGUUCUGCUAGAGGAGGUUCUGUUAGUGGAGGUUCUGUUAGAGGAGGUUCUGCUAGAGGAGGUUCUGUUAGUGGAGGUUCUGCUAGAGGAGGUUCUGUUAGUGGAGGUUCUGUUAGUGGACACUGUGAGGGCAUUAUUUGAAGACGCUAUAAGGACUUUGAGAAAGUGUGUAGACGUUUAGGAGACGUUGUGUUCGUGGACAUUAUGAGGAUGUUGUGAGGACACUGUGUGGUUUCUUGACAUUAUUCAUAUUUUUACUAAUUAAUGUUUUGACAGUCAACAUCUAAUUAAAAUUUAUUUUCUGUGACUUUUAGAUAUUCAAGAUAAAACAUCAGUAAUUUAACAAAACAGGAGAAAUCUCUAAAAAUCUUUUCAGUUUUUUCAGUCUUUGAUGCACAUAUUUUAUCUUUCACAUAACAGUAGAUAUUUGAAAAAAAUAGUCUAAAUACAGUAAAAAAAAGUGUAACUUUAUUAUCAAACAUUGCAAAACAGAUAAUUAGUAUUUAUAAAAAUGUGGACGUUAUUAAAAGUUUGGGCUGGUUUUGUUUUUUUGUUUGGAUUUUUCUAAGAUUUUCCAGUAAAUUGUUUUACAAAGUCAGUUAAACUACUUUAAAAUGUUUUUUAUGACGU